AACACCCUGCAAAUUUCUUUGUUUCGAAAAAGAAAGAGAAAAAGAAAAGCCACAGCAGAAGGUUAAUUGAAGAUGAUGAGUGGAGCAGGGAAGGUGGUGUGUGUAACCGGAGGUUCAGGUUAUAUAGCGUCAUGGCUGGUCAAGCUCUUGCUUCAAAGAGGUUUCACUGUCAAAGCCUCAGUUCGUGACCUCAAUGAUCCAAAGAAAACGGAACACCUGGUUUCACUAGAUGGAGCUAAGGAAAGGCUUCAUUUGUUCAAAGCAAAUUUAUUGGAAGAAGGGUCCUUUGAUCCUGUUGUUGAUGGAUGUGAAUGUGUUUUUCAUACAGCAUGUCCUGUAUUUUCUACAGUCACAGAUCCACAGUUUCAGGCAGAACUAAUUGACGCUGUAGGGAAGGGGACACUGAACGUUUUGAGGUCAUGCACAAAAGUUCCUUCUCUAAAAAGGGUGGUUUUAACAUCUUCCAUGGCUUCAGUUUCAUUCAAUAUAAGACCUCUUGCGCCAGAUGUUAUUAUUGAUGAGACAUGGUUUUCGGAUCAUGUUUUCUGUGAGGAGUCAAAGCUUUGGUAUAUGCUUUCAAAAACCUUAGCUGAGGAAGAUGCGUGGAAAUUUGCAGAAGAAUACGGGAUCGACUUGGUUGCAAUAAAUCCGGGAGUUGUGAUUGGCCCUUUGUUACAGCCAACUCUUAAUCUCACUGUGGAGUUUCUUCUAAAUCACAUAAACGGAGCUCAAACGUUCCCUAAUAAAGUGUAUAUGUUUGUUGAUGUUAGAGAUGUAGCAUUAGCACAUAUUCAAGCAUGUGAAGUUGCUUCAGCCAGUGGAAGAUAUUGUCUAGUUGGGCAUGUUGUGCACAUUUAUGAGGCUCUCAACGUUUUACGACGAUUCUUCCCCGCUUUAAGCAUUCCAGAAAAGUGUGAAGAUGACAAGCCUCCCUUGCCAAAGUACCAAGUAUCAAAGGAGAAAGCAAAAAAUUUGUGUGCUAACUUCACACCUUUGGAAGUGACUCUGAGAGACACUGUUGAAAGCCUAAAGGAGAAGGGUUUUCUCCACUUUUAGGUGACUAUGUAUUGACCGAAAUAUUGUGGAUUGUGAUUGGUAGAAGUUGUUUCAAAAUGAAACAUCCUUUAUGCUCUAGUACUUGUUCCAACCUUACAUUGUAACUUCUUUUUAAUCGCAUUUUUAUUCUUAAAAAGGACAAUCGAUCUUGUAGAAACAAGUACCAACAUGCUUUCAUGAUCAACAUGACGCGGAAAAGGAAAA